CGGAUGAGAUGCCACUUCACUCCCGCCUGCAUCCUCGUCUUCCCCGGUUCCCCUACUUCGGAGUCGGAGCUUCUCCAAAUCCAUCAGACGGGGGAGCGGAAUCACACCCCAGCAAUGCCGCUCUGCAGCUUCUACGCCUCCACCUCCCUCCCCGUCGCCAAGCCGCAUCAGUCCGUCGCGUCCUCCAAGCCCCACUCCACCGCCGCGGCCUCCGUGGCGACAACCGUGCCGACGCGCAGCGCCGCGGCGGCGGUGACGACGACCGUGCCCACGGCGACCGCGGCGCUGUUGCUGCACCUGCCGGAGCUGCCGUCGCAGGUGAAGGACAAGAUCCUGAGCCUUGAGCUGAUGGGCGUUGACUACGGGCGCGCGCUGGAGCUGAACCCGGCGCUCCGCGACGCGGCGCCGGAGUCCAUCCACGCGGUGGUGUCGUUCCUCCAGUCCCGGGGGCUCCAGUUCAAGGACCUCGGCCGCGUCUUCGGCAUGUGCCCGUCCGUGCUCACCGCCAGCGUCCGUGCCCACCUCCGCCCCAUCUUUGCCUUCCUCUCCGACGACCUCGGCGUGCCGGAGGCCGCGCACCGCCGCGUCGUGAUCAAGUGCCCGCGCGUGCUCGCCUGCAGCGUCCGCGACCAGCUCCGCCCGGCCCUCAUCUACCUCCGCCGCCUGGGCUUCCGGGACGGCCGCGCGCUGGCGCUGCAGGACCCGAUCCUCCUCGUCUCCAGCGUGGAGCGGACCCUGGCGCCCAAGCUGGAGUUCCUCGCUGGGCUCGGCAUGUCCCGGGACGACGCCAUCGCCAUGGUGCUGCGGUGCCCGGCGCUCUUCACCUUCAGCAUCGAGCGCAACUACAAGCCCAAGUUCGAGUACCUGGUGGACGCCAUGGGCGGUGGCGUCGAGGACGUCAAGGCGUUCCCGCAGUACUUCGCCUUCAGCCUCGAGAAGCGUAUCAUGCCGCGCCACCGCGCCGCGGAGGAGGCCGGCGUCGCGCUGCCGCUGCCGGACAUGCUCAAGGCCACCGACGAGGAGUUCGCGGAGAUGAUCGAGAAGGAGAAGAGGCUGCAGGAGCAGACAGAGGCGACGGACUGAGCGCGCGCCAUGCCGCACGCUUUUGUAUGCGCAUGAUCCAAGGGAAUUCGACCGCCGUUUCCAUGGCGAGUGUCCUGGCCAUGGCGGUAGCCAAGUAGCCAUUUGAUCCAAGUAACUAGCCUGUACAUAUGCGUUGACAUUAAUUGGUGGUCGCGACCGGUAGCUAUGAGAUGAGGGAGAUGGCAUUUCUUUCUGCAAUUGUAAGCACUGAGCAGCAAGUCGUGUCGUAUGUACAUAUAGUAUAUCUAUCAAGUAUUCAAGUUCUGAAUUUCUGAAUUCAGGAGCAGUCAUAUACUUGCUGCAAUCUUAA